AGAAGGAAAGGAAGGAAGGGGAGAAAUGGCAGAGCUAUUCAAGAAACAAGGAAAAGAAUACGCUGAAACCCGGCCGAGUUACCCGCCGGAGCUGUUCAGUUUCAUUGCCUCGAAGACGCCGGAGCACCAUCUCGCUUGGGACGUCGGCACCGGCAACGGCCAAGCUGCUCUUUCGUUGGCAGAUAUCUUCAACAAAGUAAUCGGUACAGAUACAAGUGAAGAACAAUUGUUACUAGCAUCAAAACAUGCUAAUAUCUACUACCAACACACUCCUCCGACUAUGUCCAUUUCGGAGGUCGAAAACCUCGUCGCACCACCGGCCACCGUCGAUGUAAUCACGGUGGCACAAGCCCUUCAUUGGUUCGCCAACCCUGCAUUUUUCUCCUUAGUUAAACAUGUACUAAAAUCUAAUGGUGUAUUUGCGGCAUGGUGCUAUACUUUGCCAAGUGUUGAUGCUAACAUUGAUCAAGUUGUGAAGAGGAUGUACAAGAAAUCAUCUCCAUUUUGGUCACCGGAGAGAAGGUUUGUGGAUGAAGAGUAUAGGAGCAUUGAGUUUCCGUUUGAGCCGGUGGCCGGAGAGGAAAACACCGGACCAUUUGAGUUUGAGACUGUCAAGAUGAUGGAGUUGGGGGAAUAUAUGACUUAUAUACGGUCAUGGUCAGCAUAUCAAACGGCAAAAGGGAAAGGGGUGGAGCUUUUGACAGAGGAGGUGGUUGAUGAGCUUGUGAAGGCAUGGGGAGAUCAUGGGGAGGGUGUCAAGGCAGUCAAGUAUCCAAUCUUUUUGAGGAUUGGGAAAAUUUAAGGAGGCCUCUUAACAUUGCAACUCAUUUUGCUUUGUAUUUUGAAAUAAUAAAUGUUUUUUUAACUUUCAUGUCUUAUUAUGAGAAAAUUUAUGUGUUCUCAGGUGUCGUGUUCAAAUUUAAUAAAUGUAGUAUUCCAACCUUUCUUUUCUAAUUUUGAAGAAUAUUUUUGCUUCCAA